GCUUAGGAGGAUGAAGCCGGAAGUGCAUCGGCCUGGGUCGGUCUGGGCGUUGCGGGAUUGGGGCCUGGGAUCGCUCGGCCCCAGGCAGCCGAGAAGCCCGUGACAGGGUGGAGCGGCGCCAUCCCAGCCCUGAGGCCUGCUGACCGUUCCCGCCGUCCUCUGGUCUCUGCUCAGCCCUGGAUCCCACCCGUCAUCCUCCACUGUCGGCCCUGACAACCCCGCUCCGGCACCCAGGGUAUUGCUCUCCUUCCCGGGACAGGCAGGCGACCCGCAGCGACCGCACAGCGACGGCGGGCGGCCCCCGGACAUGUACGCCCCUGGAGGCGCAGGGCUGCCCGGCGGGCGCCGGCGGAGGAGCCCAGGAGGCAGCGCUCUGCCCAAGCAGCCCGAGCGUAGCCUGGCCUCGGCGCUGCCCGGAGCCCUGUCCAUCACGGCGCUGUGCACUGCCCUCGCCGAGCCCGCCUGGCUGCACAUCCACGGAGGCACCUGUUCCCGCCAGGAGCUGGGGGUCUCAGACGUGCUGGGCUACGUGCAUCCGGACCUGCUGAAAGAUUUCUGCAUGAACCCCCAGACAGUGCUGCUCCUGCGGGUCAUUGCUGCCUUCUGCUUCCUGGGCAUCCUGUGUAGUCUCUCGGCAUUCCUCCUGGACGUCUUUGGGCCCAAGCACCCAGCCCUGAAGAUCACGCGCCGCUAUGCCUUCGCCCAUAUUCUCACGGUACUGCAGUGUGCCACUGUCAUCGGCUUCUCUUACUGGGCUUCCGAACUCAUCCUGGCCCUGCAGCAGCAGCACAAGAAGUACCAUGGCUCCCAGGUCUAUGUCACCUUUGCCGUCAGCUUCUAUCUGGUAGCAGGCGCUGGCGGAGCCUCCAUCCUGGCCACCGCGGCCAACCUCCUGCGCCACUACCCCACAGAGGAGGAAGAGCAGGCACUGGAGCUGCUGUCUGAGAUGGAGGAGAAUGAGCCCUACCCAGCUGAGUACGAGGUCAUCAACCAGUUCCAGCCACCCCCUGCCUAUACGCCCUAGUGGAAGCCGGGCUUCCGUCAGCAGCCCCUCCCACCCCGCGGAGCGGCUUCCCGCAGUCCACACUGGUAGGACCCGACCAUCUUCAUCAAACCCUCCCCGGGAGAGACUCUGCCUUAGGGUUGGCCCUGCAUCCCUGCUCCCAGAAGCUGGGAUUCAGCGAUUUUACAUAAAGCACUCUUCUGCCCGCCGCCUCUGCUCCCUUCCUGCUCAUGAGUCACUACCAGCCAGGGAAGGGCCAUAUUUUUGGGACCAGGACUUUGCUUGGGAAGCUGCUGAGAGUGGACAGUCCCAGAGAGAAGUGUCACCAGGUCGGUGUGUGUCCCACAGCUGUGGCCCUGUGCCUGCCCCCUCCUUCCCUCCUAAGCGCCCCGGUCCCAGGCUGCCUGCUCCGGGGAUUCUCUGCACUUUAGUCUUCGGCCUUCUCCCCCCAGUGUUCUGGUUUGAUGGGGAACAGAGCACUUGCUCACGAGCCCCUGCCCUGGCUUCAGGUGGCUGGUGCCAGGCAAGGAGAGGGAGCUGGGUGGGAGACUUAGGCCUCCUGGUGCCUACGUCGGAUCAGCGUGAAGGGGCUGAGUCUCCCAGUCCCUUAGCCUUUUAAAAUGUGAGUGGUUUUAAAAGGAAAAAUGAAACCAAGCAACAGCAGACAUUCUCUUUUUAAAAUCGGCUGUUGUUUCUCCACAAUGUGUCCCAUCCCUUGGGCUCUGCAAUAUUGGGACCGCAGUUCCUUCCGAGCCCGUGGUCCCCUCUCCCGGGUCUCCCCAUGAAGAACACAGCCACUUUCCCCAGCUCCUUCCCACCCGGCCCUUCUAGCUCCCUGGGGCCUCCCUGUGGAACCAGAGCCGUGUGGUCCCAGGGGCUGAGGACUGUGGCCUGGCUGGCCGGCCAGCGUGGUGCUCCUCAGGACUGCGGCUCUGAGACGUAGCCUGGCCUCAGCUCAGGAAUGGGGGCCACAGCAGGGCAGGACCCUCCCCGCCCACAUAGGAAUUCCAGCCGGCAGAGCCCCUGUGUGUCGGGGUCAGACUAGCAGGCCAGCUGUCCCUAGACUGCACCUUGGGGCUACAGCCUGCUGCAUGCCUCCCCUACCCCCAGUGUCCUCUGGCCUGGCAGUGUACGUCUGGCUCCUUGUUACCUGGCUGUUGCUCCGGUUCUACCCCAAGGCCUGGGGCAUAAAGUAAGCAAAACUCAAGAGACCUUCAGUGUGGAUCCAGAUGGCCAAGUUGUCCUUGUCCAGUUCCUGGCUUCUCUGGAUUUGCGUCAGCAUUGAGCUAACAGGAGGUCUCUUCCACUCUCCUCCCACCUACAAGAGGACAGGCAGUUUCGGCAGGCACAGAGAAUGGAUGUCACCACUGCGCCAUGGCCAGAAAGAGACUGGUGUCGCCAUCUGCCUCAGGCUGGGUGGACCAGAGGUGUCUGCACAGAUGCCUGUGUGGAGACCACGUCUGCAUGCGAGCGAGGGCUGCUGGAGUUCACUACUUGAUGCCAAAGUGUGUCCCAACGCGACCCCCACUCUUCCACACCCUUCUCUUAGGCAGAGUGGCUGCCAGAUGGUACCUGAGCACAAAGCCAAGGAGCCGAAUUACAUCAUUCUGUAAAGUCUUGAGUCUGUCAUUGGCACCCUGGAUGUCUGAGCGGGCACUCAACACGCAUGCCAAAGGGAAUGGUCACUCACAAGGACCUGCACACUCCCCUGCGGACCGUGCCACGUGAUUCGGAACCCUCUUUUUACUAGGUUCCCACGCCGCCCGCCUUUCUCUCUCCCUCUGCCAUCCCAACACUGAUAGUUUGUCACAUAAAUCCCCCUGGUUGUGUUUUUCUUUUCUAGGAAAAAAAUUAAAGCAAAACAAUGAAAAACCUGAAACUACAA